AUGCGAUUUCUCUCCUCCGCUACCGGCCUGCUCUCGCUGCUGGGAUGGAUAGGGGCUGUAUCUUCACAUAACAUCCUCCUCCGGGCGCACUCGCGGGAAUGUUUUCACGAGGAUCUGCACAAGGACGACCAGAUGACUGUCACUUACCAGACAGGCGAUAGGGAGUUUGGCGGGAGUGGGAAUCUCGAUAUUAACUUCUGGAUCGAAGAUCCCACUAGCGCACGACUCUACAGCGGCUACUCCUCCUCCGAUGAAUACUCCUUCACAGCAACCCGAGACGGCAAAUACGUUUACUGCUUUGGCAACGAGGCAUGGUCAUCGAAUACCAAAGAGGUCUCCUUCAACGUGCAUGGACUUGUCUACGUUCCUGAAUCCGAAGCCCCUAUUGACCCUCUGGAAGCUGAAGUUCGCAAAUUAUCCGACGAAUUGACACAGGUUAAAAACGAGCAGCAAUAUAUUGUCGUUCGGGAACGCACGCAUCGCAAUACAGCUGAGAGCACCAAUGCGAGAGUGAAGUGGUGGAGUAUUUUUCAGCUUGCUAUCAUUAUUGGCGAGGGAAUUUUCCAGGUCUGGUGGUUGAAGCGGUUCUUCGAGGUGAGUUUUGUUUUCUCUUCCCAGACAAAUCUUUGGGUAUUAUUUCAUCUUUGCGGCCAGCAUUGA